UUCAUAGCGGAUCGGUUUCUGCAAAAUAUCCAGAUUUUCAGCCCCGAUUGACAUUCAUUAAUCAUUAUAUAUAAUUAGGAGAAGCAGGAGAUCGAAGAAAUGAAAAAGCACGUUGUGUUGGUGAAGCCUUUCUCGUUGGAAGACGAGAAAGACUCUGAAAACACACCUCCCAAUCUCAUCCAACGGAUCUUAAGCCUCUUCAAAAACGUACGGCCAGGAUCCGAUCUCACUAAUUUUCAGCUUCCACCUCAAAUGAACCUAGCGAGAUCGCAGCUCCAAUGCUACGGCGAGAUAGUGUACAGCUUCGACGGUCACGAUCUACUCGGAGAAUGUAGUCGUCGUGACAAACCAAUCGAACGGCUUAAAUCAGUGGUGACGUGGUACAUCUCAACUCUCCGGCCAUUGACCUUUGGCUUGGCUCCAUACAAUCCUGUCAUCGGUGAAACUCACCACGUGUCCAAUGGUCACAUUAACGUUCUCGCAGAGCAAGCAAGUAUAUCGCAUCAUCCACCAGUUUCUGCUCUUCAUGCAACUCACGAGAAAGAAAACGUAGACGUUUUGUUCUGUCAAUACUUCACGCCUAAAUUUCGUGGUGCUUACGUGGAGGUUGAGGUGAAGGGUAAAAGAGUAGUGAAACUUCUAAAUCACAAAGAGACUUACAAAAUGAACCAACCAAAACUUCUCAUGACAUUUUUGCCGGCAAUGGGAGCUCACUGGGCCGGAAAAAUCGUGAUAAAGUGCCCGGAGACGGGACUUGGAGCUGAAUUGCAGUUACUCUCCGAUUCCUUUCUUAGUAGAUUCACAGGAAACAAUAAAAGAGCUAUUAAAGGCAAGAUCUUUGAAUCUUCCUCUAGGAAACAGCUCUAUGAUAUCUUUGGACAUUGGGACAGAACUGUUACCGCGAAAAAUUCGAAGACUGGACAGCUUGAGGUUAUAUACAAAGCGAGUGAAAACAUUGCAAAGCUCAAAACUCCCGUUGUCAAGAACCUGCAGGAGGUGAGUGAGAGCGAGUCGGCGGUGGUGUGGGGUGAGGUGAGUGAAGGAAUCAUGACGAACGACUGGGAGAAAGCAAGAGAAGCCAAGAGAGAUGUGGAGGAGAAGCAGAGGGAGUCUUUGAGGAAAAGAGAGGCUUCUGGACAAUCAUGGAUUCCCAAACAUUUCUCUGUGGCUCGAGCUGGUAAGGACUGGGACUGUGUUCCUCUACAGCCUACGGUUCCUCGAGCUCCUAUCGUUAUUCCUCUCUGAUUCAGCUGAUUCUCUGUAGUAGAGGUUCCUACAAGAAGUAAGAACUCAUGAGAAGUGUAAAGCACAGAGAAAAAAAGUUUAACUACAAA